AUGAAACCAGAAAUCCUCGCCGUCCUCCUCAACGACGGCACUUCCCCAACUACGGGGAAACAACUCCUCCAGAAGAGCACAGUGAACGAGAUGUUCCGCAACCAAAUCGCGCAUCUCCCCCCGCUCACCGAGAAACCAUUUCCCGAUGCCAAACCAGAGCUUACCAACCCCAGCGUCGGUGUUUAUCCCACUGUGGAAGGGGAUCGCCAAGGAUGGGGUCUCUCAUUUUUGAUCAGUGGCGGGAACACGGGUCGUUCGUUGAGCACUGCGCACUGGACUGGAUUGCCAAAUAUGUUCUGGUGGUGUGAUCGGGAACAGGGUGUUGCAGGAAUCGUUUGUACCCAAAUCUUGCCGUUUGGUGACCGUCACUCUUUUAAACUGUGGUUGGAUGUGGAAACGGAGGUUUAUAAGGGCAUUGGGAGAGGUAAGUUGUGA